AUGGCGAGGAUCUUAGAAGGCCUCGAAGGGGUACUCUGCCACAUGGAUGACGUCCUGAUCUACGGUUGUACAGAAGAGAAACAUUCCCAGCGACUGAGGAAAGACACCAUCGUAUCUGCCGACGCCUCCGCGUACGGACUAGGUGCACUUCUAAGGCAACAGCAAAGCGACGGAAAGCUAAAAGUGACCGCCUACGCGUCUCGCACCCUGACCGAAACAGAAAGGCGAUACGCUCAGAUCGAGAAGGAAGCUCUAGCCGCGGUGUGGGCUUGUGAGAAGUUUAGGGACUACCUCAUUGGAACCCGGUUUACUCUAGAAACCGAUCACAAACCGCUAGUUACCCUUUUCUCUACCAAGUCCCUGGAUGACCUUACGCCAAGGCUGCAAAGGCUACAGUGUGGAGACCUCGAUGAAGAAGUUCAAGCUUACAUACAAUGCGUAACAGCCAAUUUACCAGCAACAGCUCCAACGCUUGACUGGAUUAAAGAGCAACAAACAGCUGAUCCUACUUGCCAGCAACUGGUCUGUCUCACUAAGCACGACUGGCCAAGCAAAAGGGACACCCCACAUGACCUUAAGCAAUUCUGGGAUCAUCGACAUCAACUGUCUAUUAGCGGUAAAAUACUGAUGUACGGCUCAAGAAUAGUCAUCCCACAGUCCACCCGCAACACCAUUCUACAGAUGCUACACCAAGGUCACUUUGGAAUUGUCAAAUGUCAACUUCGUGCGAGAGACUCAGUGUGGUGGCCAGGGAUAAAUGCAGACAUCGAGCAAAUGGUGAAGGACUGCAACAUGUGCGCGCAACACCGCAUCAACAGGAAAAUGCCGCUAAUGCCUACAUCAUUUCCACAACGUCCGUGGGAAAAGGUAGCAAUGGAUUUGUUUUGCCUAAACGGACAAUGGUGGUCAAUUGUCACCGACUACUACUCGCGCUACCCUGAAAUUGCGCGAUUAUCGAGUCUAUCGGCCGCAACGGUUGUGAACAACUACAAGUCCAUUUUUGCACGACACGGCAUACCGAACGAAGUAAUAUCCGAUAACAGACCACAGUUUGCAGGAGCAGAAUCAUCAGAAUUUCGAAAAUUCGCAGAGGAAUUCAAGUUCAAACACACCACUUCGAGCCCGCGAUAUCCCCAAAGCAACGGCAUGGCAGAGGCAGCCGUAAAGAUUAUCAAAGGAUCUAUGAAGAAAACGGGGGAUCCGUACGAAACGCUUCUUUCCUAUCGGUCAACACUCCUCAAGAAUGGCUACAGUCCAGCCGAACUACUGAUGGGUAGACGAUUACGAACUACACUUUCCACAGCGGAAGAAAUGCUGCUACCCAAGAAGGUAGACCACGAGGCCGUAAAGAAGUGCGAAGAGCUACUGAAAAAGAGGCAGAAACAACAGUUCGAUAGACACUAUAGGCGUUCGACCUCUCUCUGA